UAGAUAUGUUUUCAUAACCAAUAAUAACACCAUUUGCCUUAAUGAUACCAGGACAAUUAGCAAUUACUUAAUUCACUUAGAUUAACAAUAGCUUUGUAGUUGAUGUGAAUAAUCCUGCAAUUAUAACUUCAAUAGCAUUCUUCUUAAUGUAACCCUUAGAUGAAGGAAUUGCUGCUUGUUUAUAUUAUUCUUAUCCUCCUUAUAGUCAAUUAGAAUUUUUAGGAGCAAUUGCUAAUGCUAGACCAUCUGAUAUAUUUUCAACUAGUUUUAGUCUUAAUCCUCAUACAAAUAAACAAGCUUAAAUAAAAAUAGUAAUUCAACUUUAAUAGAUUGAUCAAAAUUUGUAAUAAAUGAUUCUUAUGUUACCAGAGAAACAAGGAUAUUACUUUAUGGCAAUUGCAUAACAUUUAGAUAGAUUUCUAUAAGAUUAUCCUAAAUAAAUAUAUUAUAAUGAAAAAAAUUAAUAGAUGUUGGUUGUACCAACAAUUUCAUUAAAUAAAUGGCUAUAAAGAUUCACUGAAAAGUAUAAUAUUGAUCCUAACUUUUUGUUUUCUUGA